UUGUGAUAUUGUGUUGUAUUGUAUAUUGUGAAAAUGCCUGGAGCUAAUGAAAUCAAGCCCACGGAUGAGCAGCCUUUCCGUCUGCAGUGGCUCAAUUCCUGCUACCAACAGACACUUCUGCCUGAUGCACCAUGGCAUGGUAUUGAAAGUAAGGUGGCGGAAGUGCUGGCACAGCGGGUAGAGAAACAGUUCAUCCAUGCAGAGAGACGGGAAGCGCUGCUAGAUGUGCUGGGUCAGCAGUUCGUGGACUCAUACCUCAGUAAAGUCAAAAGAGAUCCACAGCUGCUGGAACCACCUAACAUGUUGAAGGAAGAGAGACAGAAGCUGAUUGUUGAGGCUCAGUCCUGGCUGAACAGUCAGAUGUACCGAGCAGUGAAAGAUGUAGGGUACCAGAGGAUCAUCACUGGCUCUCAAGCUGAUGAUGAGCCUCCUCCUGGGUAUGCUGAGUUCAUGCAGCACACAUUUGGUGUGUUUGUGAAUGGACUGGACAGACAGUGUUAUCUGCAGGAGAUGGAACUGGCACACCAGAAGCAAAAGGAAUUACUGAACAAGCGGAAGGGUCUCAGGGAUGCCAUGUACAGACUGCCAGCACCAAGCAGGUUCAAACCAGCAUCCUCUGCAACAUCAUCAGCCACCAGCAAAUCAUCAAAACCAUCCACAAGUCAAAUCAAGACAAUGGUGCAAAAGGUUGAAGGGGACCCACCUCCACUGUGGGGGGUACAGAGUGAUGGUCUGGGCAAUUCCAUUGUGGCCAUUCUGGAGCGUGAUCCUCGCAAGUUUGACCACGUGGCAGGACGCCUUCAUGGCCGCCAGUUGCCAGGGAAACUACGCUCAUACAUGUGGGCUGAUGUGUUGUUCAAGAUAGAGAGGAAGAAGAUGAAAGAAGUGUAUGUUGAGAAGAUGAUCCGAGAGAGAUUUGCCCAUGGUGUGACCCGUGGACUGAGUGAACUGAGGCUGAAGCGUGCCACACAGUCCCCUAUCAAUGGCCUUAUAGAGAAUGCUACAAUUGAGACCUACACCAAGACAACAUCCAUGGUGAACCACAAGGAAGCCAACCAUAUGAAAGAGACUGCUCGUGCCCUGAACGUCCUGUAUGUGUAUGACCGGAGCUAUGAGCCCUACCUCAUACACUGGCUCUUCCCUCUACAGCUGGCCUUCAGGAGCCCCACGGGAUUACUGGAUGACAAAGGGGAGCAUGUAUUUGAGCUGGCAAUGUAUCUGGACCUGCUGAACACCAACUGUUUUCCCAAGUGGCCCCAGGUGUUUGCAAUAGCAGAGCAGGUGAUGAACACACUCCGGCAGGCCGACCCAGAACUCCACAACCACCUCACCAGCAUAGCCAAGAAGAACUUCAAGGUCAACCCCAAGGAGUUCCUGGUGCAGCUGAUCCACGAGGAGAAGUCCAAGGCAGAGGCACUGUAUCAGGCUACCCCUGGCACACUGAGGACGGACAUUACUGCCACCGAGUUGCUGGCCAACCCUCUCAUCUUCUUCCGGAGGUGGAUAGGCGAGGGCUUCAUCAGUGUGUUGGACACCCCCGGAGUGAUGUACAUCUGGGACCAGUGCUUCAUGCAGGGCUGGCAGGACUCGGUGCUCCUCAACACCUGCCUGUCCCUGGUGGAGCUGCUCAGACACAAGUUCAUGAAGGCCAAGGACUACAUGGACAUGAAGGAGGUGUUCCUGAAUGAGCCCUGCAAGCUGUACACAUGUGACAUCCAGGCUGCUUGGAUACACCUGGAGAAUGCCAAGGACUUGAAUGAUAUCCCCUACCAGAACCGACAGAGGCCAGUCACACCAGUGAAGCAGAAGUCCGCCUGUGGCCCCCACCCCUCACCCUGGUCUGCUCCACCCCUGCGGUAUCAAGGAAAUCAGGAUACGGCUCAUCAUCCCAACCGAGUCUGUCAUCAGGAGCCCUGGCUGGCUAGUGUUGACCCAAACCACCUUCGACUCUUUAUCGUUCUGUAUUUCGGAAGUGUCAAGCUGCGGUCAAGAAUGUCACUGAGAGCUAUUGAGGUGACCAGCUUCCAGAACGAUGCAUACGGCAAUGCUGUAUACGAACUACUGCUGCCCAUAGAGAAGUUUGUCUUUGAGAACCUUGACCUGUCCCAGUAUGACGUUGAGCGGGAACUCGGAGCGAACCCCUACGCCACAGUCCGUUUGGAAUACCACAGACCAGAAGUUAUGCACGGUAAAAGUCCAGUGGCUGUUGGCUGGGCUCGCAUUCCUCUGUUCCGCCAGGGAGCUCCGAGUGGACGUGUCUCAGCUGACCAGGCAUGGGUGCUUCUGGCAGGGGAUCAUACCUUCAAGCUCCACCCAGGGGAUACGUCGGAACCUUUCACCACGUCCAUGCCAAAGACACCCUCUGAGAGGGGCGAAGGUCACCUGAUUGGCUAUGGCUGUGAACUGUCUGCCGUGGUGUAUGAUCCUCGUAAUGAGCCUCCUGACACCCCCAGGCCCCUCCCCCAGGUUCCCCCAGUCGACACAAGACCGACCCCACGUCACAUACCGCGCCACACCCCCAACCUCACCCCACGCAUCCCCCCCAGGCAACAACCGCCCAGGCAGACGCCAAAGAAACCAACCCCACCACCAGUCGUCCUGGACCCCAGGUCACCCUCACCGCCGAUCACUGAGACCUCACCCGAGCCAGAGCCAGACGUUCCCCCCACCCCAACUGACCUGGAGGAGGACUUUGAACCCUGGGUGGAACACCAGCCUAAAGCUGCCAAAACAGAUCCAACCCCUACGCCAAAUGACAACACAAAACCAUUUGACCUCUAUGUAGAUGGCGUGCGAUUCAUUCCGGAUAAUGCUUCAAUUGUAAAGGUGACAGGAAGAGUUCUACGAACCGGUGAGCUGAACGACAUGUCGGACAUCUUGGCCAUACCUGACCUUGAGAGUCCUGCAAGGUCACCACUGUUCGGGUACCGACUGACAGUCAACCCAGACAGCAAGACGGCUGACCCUAACAUGCUCGUCCUUCUAAGGGUGUACACUGUCGACAUCGUGACGGAGAGAAUCGUUGUCGUGGGCAGCUGCCUCCUGGGAGCCUUCAAUGUUGUUGGGAUGAACAAGGGUAAAUUGCGAAUCGGGGGACAUCAGCUGAGACUGAGGUCUGGAAUGCCUGACACCAAGAACGGGGUGAACACCCUGACCCCAGCCAGCCUGGACUCCGCCCCCAUAGUUCCAGGCUGCUCUCUACUUGUCAGGCUGAGGCCGCAUAGUCCGGAGCCAGUGGAGGCCCCCAAGUACACUGUAGGAUACUACAGGUCUAUUGAUUGUCACCCCAAUGUGUCUGAGACACGCAUCUUCCAGAGCUACGAGGACAACAUGAAGUAUCCAAAAACAGAGAGGGAUAUGGUGAAGAGACUGCAAACCAUGGAGGGAAUUACUGAAGGUCGGAGCGAUGUGAGCCUGCUGAGCUGGUUGAAGGAUCGCCUGGAUAUGAAGAAGCAGACGCCAGCUGCCCAACCAGCCACCAACCUCAGUCUGUCCAGAUGUGUACGCUACAGAACCAAAAUGGGGCUGUACGUCAAGAUGAACCAGGCAUACGGCAUGCCAGAUGACAGAGUCAUACAGUGCUUUGUACGAGUGACCCCCGGGCGCAAGGUGCAGGGGAUGAGUGCCACCAAGGAGGGGUACGGCAAGGAAGAGAAGUUUAUCACCAAGAAACAUAUCCCUGAGAGUUUUCUCCAGGCCCCGGCAUGGGCUGAUGACCCACAGGAGCUGCACCCGUUCUAUGACCAGUACAGUUGUCUGAUAGUGCAGGUGUUUGGCCUGAAGAUGAUGUACCAGAUGAAGCCAGACCACAAGGCCCCAGGCCAACUCCUGACCCCAGAAGGAGGAGAGCUGGAUUUGGAUGAGGAGAGUCUACUAGGAUGGGCAGUAGUGCCACUGUUUGAUGGGUCAGAACUCUGUGCUGAACGGCACCCACCGUGUUCGAUACUGAAGAGGAAGCCGACAGAGGAGGUUCUGGACCAACUGUCUACAUCCUCUGCACAGACCAUGCUGGAAGGACAACGCUGGGAUUCCAGCAACGCCUAUGAAACUGGUAGUCUCAAGGUCACAAUUUGGGAUGGACACUAUGAAUUUAAAGAAAUUCCAGAGAUGCCAGUUUACGAGAACCUGUUGGAGAAGGUGGGUGACAUCACUGCCUACCGUGAAGCGCAGCAGCUGAAGGUGGGCCGUCACCUGAACAGCAUCGUCAUUGAGGCUCUGGAGCCUAAGUACCGCAAGCAGGGCAUCAAGGGAGCCGUGUACAAGAAGGAACUGGAGUUCUUCGAGGAUCUACUCACAAAAAGAUUUUAUGAUCUCAUGGAGAACGCUCUGAUGACAUCCGGCAUGGGACCACUGUGAUAGACAAAGGCGGUCUGGAAGUUCUUCCGAUUGCCAUGGAUCAUGUCCUGACCCAACUAUGGACCACUGUGAUAUAUAGAGGAGACAGCAACAGUCCCAGGGAUCACCACCAUGUAUCAUAGAUCUAGCUCCCACCUAAUGGCUAUGUAUAGGGCUACCAUUUAUCAUUGGCCUAGAGAAAGGCAGCAUACUGUCUCAUAUCAGUAAGUUAGUUUGGGAAUAAUUGGGUAUGGAAUUACUGGGUAUUGCUUUGAUCAUCGUGAAAACAGGGUCUUCAUUCUUAUUUGUGUUUCACCAGGAAAUAGCCCAUUUAUCUGUGGUAGGAAGCUAGAAACCGUUCAGAUAUUCGACAUGGGAGAAAGCUUGCAGGAAUGGUCAUAUUGCUUAAAUCAUUGACAACUGCUGUAUUGUAUUGUAAUGGUACGACUGAUCCCUGUUUGUGUAUAAGUGUAUGAGAGUGUGCGGAUGGAUGGGGGCUGAAAUAUUUUGAAUUUAUUUCAGAAAUUAAUAGAAGAAAUGUGUUUGCCUUGAUUGUAGCUUCUCCCUUCAAAGCAGAAUGUUGUGUGACAUCCAACUUUAAGAGAAAAAAUAUCAUGUCACUAGCAAACAUUCUGGCUGUCACAUUAACAUAAGAUAUAUAAGAGUCUGAUUUGAAGUAAAGAGCGUUAGGUUACCUAAACUGUUCUUAGUUUAUGAUGGGAUAAUAUCCAUAGUAACACAACCUCUUAUAAAACUAGAGUGUGUCUUAAGUUUUGAGAAAACUUGAAAUGUAUGAAAACAGUGUUUAUGACUGUGGUGUUUUCUUUUCUGAUUCUUUCUGAGGGUUUAUGCUCACUAAGCUCUUCCUGUCUAAAUAUUACAGGCAAAUCUAAAUUAAUAUUUGUGCACUCGGUGAAUUUCUCUUUAAUGUGACCUUCGGGUACUAAACUGAGAAUACACUUAUGGUGGUAGUUAAGUGGUUUAUAAAACAUAUCAGGUUUUUGUCAUUCACAGGUUUUAAGUUCUUGUCACAUCCACAAAUGUGGUGUCUGCUCAGGUCUCCUGUGUCAAGAAUACUUUUUAAUUGUGGAAAAAUUGUCUGUGCCAGCCGGAGCAUUAUACUGGUCAGUUCUAAGUGCUAUCUUGUUACUGUAUACUGGAACAUGGAGAGACUGUGGUUUGUUGUGGUAUUUCAUCUGCAUUAGCAGUUCACUUAAACAUUGAGGAUCGUACAUCAGUGUUGUUAUUUUAGAUUUUAAAUUUUUUAUUAGAACAGACAAUCAUAGAUUUGUUGUUGUGUUAUGGUCAUAGCAUUGGAACAAUAUUCACAACCAUACCGUUUCAGUCAGUACAUAUGUGAAAAUAUCAUCUUUGACAGUUUUUGUGCACCUUAUUUAACUUGGGGUAUUGGGGAAAAUCUGGUAAGUCCCACCACUGGCUGCGUUGGAAGUCUGUGUUAAACAAUGUAAUUGGCUUAUCUACGGUGAUACACAGUACACAUUUACUGGUAUAUGUCAAAUUCAUAUCUAUUUAACACCUGAGUUUGUUUUUUGACACUGCUAUCAACAGUAUUCCUUCUAUUGAUGAUCUUUAAAUAUUGGAGUGUGGACCCACCAAUCCAGUGAUUGAAAUCAUGAGCAUGGAUCUAAACGACUGGGAUAUAAAGACAUAGCACAACAAAGUCAGCAUGCUUGGCUGUCCAAUCCUCUAAGUCACCUGUCACAUGGUUUGCUGGAGACUCGCUCUAGCCAUGGUAUUCACAGGAACAAGAGGAUGUAGUGUUAGCUGUGUGAAUGCUAUAGGGCAAUACUGAUUGUAUUUGAAGGCACAUUAGCAAUGUUACAGCCACAAGCUGUGUCUUGAAAUGUUACCAUAGGUAGCAAUACAUGCAGGGAGAUAAAACAAUGUCUGUGACUUUAAACAACUACUCUGAAGCACAAGUCUGAAUAAAUCUGGCAAUCUUUGCUCAUCUAACAUAAAGAGUCAAGUAUACUGAAAGUAAUAUCAAACAAGUCCUCAGUCAGCUCAGCCUGUAUUGGGCAGUUAUUCCUAUGGGUUAAUAACUGACGGGACGUAGCUGUAGUUUAAGGUAGAACUGGCACUUUGGGUAAAAUUGUUGAACCAUGAGUUAAUAGGAAGUAACAACAUGAAUAGUGUAUGAGUCACUCUCAUAAACAAGACUUCCCAACACUAUAUCAAACUUCCAAUAUUGAUAGAGGCGGUGGGGUAGCCUAGUGGUUAAAGCGUCUGCUCGUCACAACGAAGACCAGGGUUCUAUUCCCCCACAUGGGUACAAUAUGUGAAGCCCAUUUCUGGUGUCCUCCGCUGUGAUAUUGCUGGAAUAUUGCUAAAAAGCGGCGUAAAACCAUACUCACUCACUCACUCCAAUAUUGAUACUAACGAUGUUUACAAUAUGUUAGAAAUCUGUAGGAACCAAUCAUAAAUGGUUUCAUAUUUGCUGCAGCGACCGAAUUCGGAAUUGAACUAUGGCAGGUUAUUUAAUUUAGGGCAUUAAUAUUCAAUCCCAUUGUCAUGUGUCAUGAUGUUUAUUGAUGGUUUUGUUGAUCAGUAUUACUUUGUUAAUAAAGAUCGAUUCCGGUCAGUGACAUGGUUCUCAUUUUUCAGAUUAGUUGAUGUUGUAAUUUGUGCCUUGUGAAACUUACACCAUAAUUAGGGCAAGAAUUAAUUGUCGCAUUGAUAUACAUCACAAAGUCUUAUCACAGACAAUUGAAAUGCGAGUAGCCGAGACAAACUUGCUAGGACUGCAAAUUUGUAGAAGCAUUGUCCAACUUUACACAGUAUUUAUUGUUGGGGAAAAUAUCUAAGUUCAUGUUUUUAAUUAAACUUUAUCUGGUUUACAUUUUUAGCUGAAAAUAUGUUUUGUCUGCCUUACAAGGAUGUCAAGUGGUUGGUCCCUUAGCUAGUGCAUUGUGUAUGUAAUGAUAUCAGCUGUUGUUUAGUGCAGUAGACUGUGUGGUUUUAGUGUCAGUGGUCAAUACUAGACAGAUGGUUUCAACAAUGCCUUGAGUCACAAAUGGGUGCUGGUUCACAAUGGAUGUGUGUGUGUAAAUGCUAUAAAUGUUAACAUUAUUUUGGUACACAAUUAGAUUUAAAAGACUGAUCAGGAUUGAAACAUGUUCUAACAGUAGUUCAUAGUCAAAUACCAAAGGAUUUUGUCAGCAUCAAUGUGAGUGAACUUUUAUUAAACUGCUAACAAUAUCAAAUCCUUUUUGCAGAGAGAAUUUAGUUAGGCAAGGAGAGAGUGUUUUAUGGGUGGGGCUUGAGUAUUUCGUCUUAAAGUUUCACUUGGAGAUUGAAUGGUUCAAAACCAUUAUUCAUCAUUGGAAAUAUGUAUGAUUUUGUCAUAAGAAAUCCCUUGGAUUAUCAUUUAUCAUCUAAGAAGUGUCUACUGUUGCUGGAAUUAAUGAAUUGUCUGUCAUUCUUAUUUUUGUGUUUCUCAUUUUGUACGGCUAGGAUGCUUCACCAAGCAAAAAAAUGUAAGGCCUCAAUAUCAUGUCCAUUUGCAAUGUGAACGUGUUUCAAUAUCUUGUCCAUUUUGCAAUGUGAACUUGUGUCAAUAUCAUGUCCAUUUUGUAAUGUGAACUUGUGUCAGCAUCUUGUCCGUUUUGCAAUGUGAACGUGUUUAAAAAUCUUGUCCAUUUUGCAAUGUGAACGUGUUUCAAAAUCUUGUCCAUUUUGCAAUGUGAACUUGUGUCAGCAUCUUGUCCAUUUUGCAAUGUGAACUUGUGUCAAUAUCAUGUCCAUUUUGCAAUGUGAACGUGUUUCAAAAUCUUGUCCAUUUUGCAAUGUGAACUUGUGUCAAUAUCAUGUCAAUUUUGCAAUGUGAACUUGUGUCAGCAUCUUGUCCAUUUUGCAAUGUGAACGUGUUUCAAAAUCUUGUCCAUUUUGUAAUGUGAACUUGUGUCAGCAUCUUGUCCAUUUUGUAAUGUGAACUUGUGUCAGCAUCUUGUCCAUUUUGCAAUGUGAACGUGUUUCCAUUUUGCAAUGUGAACGUGUUUCAAUAUCUUGUCCAUUUUGCAUCAUGAACUUGUGCCAAUAUCAUAUCCUUUUUGUACUGAAAUUUGCUUCGAUUUGUUUAUUUUGUGGCAACUCAGCUUCAGAAUGAGGCAGUGAUGUGUAGUGCUGUAGUGUUCACGAACCUUUUGUUUUGACUUAAAGCUGUGAUUUUAUCUACUAUUGAUACAUAGCAGUUCAGCAUAUAUUUUGUAUUUAUUAUGCCAAACCUUGAUAAAGUUCAGAUCCUUGCCAACUGUAAAGUAUAACAAUUAUUGUGACAGUGCGAUCACUGUCAAUAUUGUUCAUAUCACCACAUUGUACAUUGUUCCCAAAUAAUAAAGUAUUAUUCAACACCUCA